AUGAAUACUGUGCCUAUACCCCACCGUCAGUCUAUACAAUUUUUACUGCACUACCUUUUUUCCAGCGGAAUCCAUAUAUACUACCCUCCUCUAACGCAAGAACUGGGAAAUGAUGAUACCCUUUCGUUGGCAAAGGUGGGCCACGUGAUCCAAGAAUCACGUUUCUAUCAGAUGAUCGGUAAAGGCGCAUGUCCAUGUGCGAAGCAUCCUAUAAAACAUCUGCAUUGUGAGAAGUGA